AACCGCCUAGCAACCAAUGCAUUUUCCCAUUUUCCUUCUGCAAUGACAAACCCGCAGAUCUGAACUACAAUCACCUAUGCAGUUAUAUUUACAGUUAUUUGACAAUGGCAAAUGCUGAAGAGGAUAUAAAAUCUGAGGAGGAUAUUUUAAAAUGCGACUAUGCUGUUUUAAAGGCAAAAAGGGAGUUAUUGAAUGAAGAGCUCGAAAAAUUUGCGAAUAUUACUCUAGCAAAUAACAGUGUAUUGAAUGAUAAUCCGCGUUGCGGAAGGGAAUGCGUAAAAUCUUUGAACUUGAAAAGUAAUAAUAUUUGGGGAGUUCCUAAUCCCAAAAGCAGUACACUAGAUAAGAUUCUGUUCAAAAGAAAAUUGAGCAACAAAAAGGGAAAGAAGAAAAAUUAUGUAAGCAAGAGAAAUUAGACAGGUUUAUAAAAAAACUAAAAGAACAGAAAGAAGAUUCAGAAAAUCCUGAAAGAUAUAGUGAAAGCUCAAAAUCAACUGAAAGGGAAAUCAAAACGCAUCAGGAAAUCAAAAAAGCAAAAUCAUACAAUAACUUCCAAAAUAGAUACUGUGCACAGAAGACUAUAAUAGAAAUGCAGAAAGCCAAAAUAGAAGAACAAAAUAAAAUUAUUGCAGAACUAGAACUUGGCAUAAUUAGGGAAGAUUUGAUGAAAUCUAUUGAGAAUACAAAGACAAAUAUUAGGGAAAUUUUUGCUGAAUGUUCUCAAAAGAUAAGACUGAAGAUUCCAACUUUGUUAAUACAAGAACCAAAGUUUUCUGUAUGUUCAAAGCAGGCUCCUAAAUUUGUACAACAAAUGGAAGAAAGGGCAAUGAUUAGAGCCAGAAACAGGGAAAUAAUAUUAGAAAGAAAACGAUUUAUAGAAGAGACAAGGCAGAAACUACUCGAGGAAGCCAUAGAACGCAAAAAAGUGUUAGAAGAAGAGGAACGCAAAAGGAACUUAGAAAUACUAAAAGAGAAAAGAAAAAAAGAAAUCGAAUUGGAGAGGAUCCGACAGGCUAACAUGCAAAUAUACUUGAAAAAACUGAACCAGGCUAUAGCAUUCCAUAACAGGAUACUAAUGGAGCAAUGUUUCAGAAAACUCGCAAUUAAUGCUUUGAAGAGUAAAGAAAAAUAUGCUUUGGCUGUAGAUCAUCAUGGUAGAUCGAUUUUAACAAAUAGCAUGAGACAAUGGAUAGAGUUUGUUGCAGACAUAUAUAAACCUAAGUUUAGCUUAGCUGAAGAACAUUAUAGGAAAUACCUUCUUAGGAUAUCAUUUUCCAUAUGGCAAGAGAUGAAAAAUGAGAGCACAAGAAAUACACAAGUUGCUGAAGAUUAUUAUGAAUUCAAGUUGUCUAGUAACAUAUUUAUUUACUGGCACAGAUACACGUGUAAGCAGAUUAUGUUGGAACAUAAAAAACUUGAAAUAGCUGCAAAACAUUUCUGCAAAAAAAUUGUGUUUCAUUAUUUCUAUCAAUGGAAGUCACUGAAGAUGGUACUAGAACUAGAAAGGGCAAAAGAGAUGAAAAAACGAAAAUGGCGAGAGAAAGUGUGGGAAAUUCUACCAGAUUACAAACCGCCUAUUGAGUUUUAGUACUUAAAGAUAGGAUUUUAUCGUCUAUAGCAUAGAUUCACAUGUAAAUACCUUUAUUGUUUCCAGUUUUUUUACACAUUAUUAAAACCCUGUAUUUUAUAUAAUACAAAUAUCGUUUAUAGAUUUUACUGUAUAUGAUGCAACAUAAUUACAGUGAGAAUUUUUAGUGUCGGCUUGGUCAACAACUAAAAUCUAAAAGUUGAAUUGCAGCCAGUAGGAUGCUCCUGAUUCGAAAAAUAUUUUUUUUACUGGGUGAUUUAUUACUAUGCACUACAUACUUUUUUUAAUUUUAUUGUAGAUUUGGAUAUGCACUUCCAAACAAAAUAAUUUGAUGUAUGUUAUAGGUAGAGUAUUGAAUUUUCUGUCUCUAUCUAGCUUCUUUUUCAGUUUCUUAGAUAUUUAUCUAACUGCGUACGAUGAUUGAGAAAUGUAUAAAUUAUAGAUAAACUCAAUAGCACAUCAAAUGUUAUACGUGUAGUAUGGUGAUUGCACAGUAUAAAGAUAAAUGUGUGAAUCUCCACGAGCUCUUGGAUGUACGGUCAAUGAAACUUGAAUUAAAUUAUAUUUUUAUAUUUAUUGCAACUUGUAACUGGUUUGGAUAUUAGGAAUGGAAAUGGUGAAUUCGUUCGAGUUUCGACGUGCGGGAAUGAUGGAUCAAGCACGUUAAGUGAGUGUACUUAUGAAUUUUAUUGAUUUGCAUUUCACUACAUUUUUCAGAUUCUCUCUCUGGCCGCAAUAUAUCCGUCGUAAUGACGGGUUCUCCUCUUCAUCCCACAACGUCAACCUGCGUGUUGUACAGGGAUCGGUCUUGGCUCCGACACUGUUCCUCUUACAUAUCAACGACCUCCUUUCCUGCACGAUCAACUCAAUCUACAGCUUCGCUGAUGAC